CUUUCUCGUCGUUUUCUUCUUCGUUAUAUUCGCACAUCUUAUGAACCAGAGCUGAUAAAUUCGUUUAAUGGGGAAGAGGUCGUCGCCCCCAUCGGAGAUCGAGGUUAGGGUCCAGCCGAGGAUUGGAGACAACACCAUCCAUCCCUUAGAGAUGGGCUCUGCAGCGCCGUAUCGGCAACCGUCUGAGGCGGAGGCGGGGAAUUAUUCCGGCGAGGUCAUGCCGUUCCGGCGGUGGAGGCCGUGGAUGGUGCCGGCUUUUGUUCUGGUGAAUAUCUUCCUGUUCGCGAUCACGAUGUUUGUGAACGACUGCCCUAAAAAGUCGUCAUCGUGUGUUGCUUCCUUCCUCGGAAGAUUCUCCUUCCAGCCCGUGAGGGAGAAUCCCCUCCUCGGGCCUUCGUCAAAUACGCUAGAGAAGAUGGGUGCUCUUGAUGUGAACAAGGUGGUCCAUGGGCACCAAGGAUGGCGCCUAGUUACUUGUGCCUGGCUUCAUGCUGGAGUGGUCCAUAUACUCGCCAAUAUGUUGAGCCUUCUUUUCAUUGGAAUUAGACUCGAACAAGAAUUUGGAUUUCCCAGAAUAGGCCUUCUAUACAUUAUCUCUGGGCUUGGUGGUAGCUUACUAUCUGCUCUCUUUAUCCAAUCAAGCAUAUCAGUAGGUGCUUCAGGAGCACUUUUUGGAUUACUAGGCGGCAUGCUCUCCGAACUCAUAACAAAUUGGUCAAUUUACGCAAAUAAGCUUGCAGCAUUGCUGACACUUGUGUUCAUCAUUGUAAUAAACCUGGCUGUUGGCGUCCUCCCACAUGUGGACAACUUUGCUCAUAUUGGAGGUUUUAUCUCUGGAUUUCUUCUUGGCUUUGUACUAUUGAUUCGCCCUCAGUUUGGAUGGAUCAGCCAACAGAAUCAACCUCCUAGUGAACAACACAUUGGUUCGAUGAAACGUAAGCAUAGGAUGUAUCAGUAUGUACUGUGGAUAGCUGCUGCAAUUCUUCUGAUUGUGGGAUUUACAAUUGGUAUGAUCAUGCUUUUUCGUGGGGUUAAUGGCAAUGAUCACUGCUCUUGGUGCCAUUAUCUGAGCUGCGUUCCCACUUCAAGAUGGCAUUGCAAUUCAUCAGCAACUAAUUGCUCGGCAUAUCAAGAUGGGAACCAGUUGAAUUUAACGUGUGAGGGUGGCAGUGACAGAAGCCAGACCUACCCCUUACCAAAUGCGAGCAGUGAUAGGAUUGAAGAGCUUUGCUCCCAACUCUGCAGUUGACAUUACCUACUCUCAAAUAUGGGAUGAUUUGCCGCUGAUUCUUUGUAUAAAUCAUUGAGGAUUUUUUUUUUCUUAGAACAUUUAUAUACAUAUCACUCAAUUCUUGUGUAUUUACAUAUCU